AUGAGCGCAUUAAGUAUAACGUCUUUAAAGACCACAAAAAAUGUAUUUUUGUUCAUACCAAAUCUGAUUGGCUAUACGCGCAUUGUCCUUGCAACCUUAUCAUUGUAUUUCAUGCCAUGGCAUCCCAAAGUAUGCGUUAUUCUGUACUGCAUCUCCUGUCUGUUGGAUGCUGUUGAUGGUGUAGCAGCGAGACAUUUUGGUCAAUGCAGUAAAUUUGGUGCGGUCUUGGAUAUGGUCACCGACAGAUGUACCACGACGUGUCUUCUGUGCUAUCUGUCACUCAUGUAUCAACCCUGGGCUAUUCUAUUCCAAUUGUUGAUCGCACUUGAUUUUAGCUCUCAUUAUAUGCACAUGUAUAGCUCCAUGACAAUUGUCUUGUUUCUGAUGUGUGCUGGUAACGAGUUGUUCUAUGUUACACUCUACAUCCUUAACUUCUUUGGUCCUAUAAACGGUUUCUGGAUGGUUGCAUUGGUAUUAACCGGUACAAUCUGCCUUGCCAAGAACUUUAUCAAUGUCAUCCAAAUCGUCAAUGCCAGUCGAGUAUUGGUGAGUAUCGACGCAGAAGAGAGAGAAAAGGCGUUGAGCGCCAAGGAGCUGUAA